UAUGUUAUAAUGACCCAAUUGCCCUCGCCCUCUGGAUGUACGUCCACUUUUUCAUGCCUCUCAAGUCUCAACCAACUUCUGCAACCACAACCACAACCACCACCUUGUGCAUUAACCUUGAUAAAGCUGCAAUCUUUCAAUUCACUUGCAUCUCCAUUUCUAUUUUGUUUUCCUUUUCUUCUAAACACUCAGCAAUUCUUUGUCUUCAAACUUGCCAUUUCCUAGUCUUAGUUUUGGGCUAUGAAUGUUCUGUUUUGUGUUAACUGUUAAGUAAGCUAGUUUUUAGACAUUGAAUGCAAGCAUAAUUUUGUUCACUAGCUUCUUCAGUUUUCAAAUUUCCUUCUUAGAGGAAUUAUGCUUUUGGUAGUAUGAUAAUAUAGAUGUAGAGCUUGAUUGCUUCCUUCAUGUGUACUUUUACAAUGGAUAUAUGGGAUAGUUGGUGGGUUUUGCAAUUCAUGCAGAUUCUGGGUUUGGUUAGUUUUUGGAUUUCAUUUGAAAAGUUUAGGACUUUAUUCUCAAGAGCUUUCGGUUUUGCUCACAAAAUUAUUAAGGGUAACAGCAAUGCCUGGAUUUUUGUUUCUUUCAAUGGCCUAGUCACAACUGGGUCUUUGAUUUCUUUCCUCUUGGUUCUUUCUUGGGCAUACUCAUAUGCAUUUCCCAAUUCUCCCUCAGUGAUUCAGAGUUUUGAGAUUCCUAACAGUUCUCACCGACUAGUUCAUAGUUAUGAGAUUCUGAAAUCCAAUGUUUCAAUGAGCACCUGCAAUGUGUUUGAAGGAAGUUGGAUCCGGGAUGAUAGCUACCCUUUAUAUGAUGCUUCUCACUGCCCAUUUGCAGAAAGAGGUUUUAAUUGCCUUGCUAAUGGGCGUAAAGACAGAGGUUAUACAAAAUGGAGGUGGAAACCCAAGAAUUGUGAUAUUCCAAGGUUUGAUGCUCGUAGAAUACUUGAACAACUUCGUGGGAAAAGGGUGGUUUUUGUUGGAGAUUCAUUGAGUAGGACUCAAUGGGAGUCCUUGAUAUGUUUGCUAAUGACAGGAGUUGAGAAUAAGAAGAGUGUCUAUGAAAUUAGAGGCCACAAUAUCACGAAACAGAUUAGGUUUUUAAGGGUAAAAUUUAGUUCUUUUGAUGUUAGAAUCGAUUUUUAUCGAUCAGUAUUCCUGGUGAAGCCUGGUCAGGUGCCUAGACAUGCACCCCAAAGGGUGAAGACAACACUGAGAUUGGACAAGAUCGAUGAUAUUAGCAAUGAGUGGAUUGAUUCAGAUGUUCUCAUAUUCAAUUCAGGUCACUGGUGGACGCGGACUAAGCUUUUUGACAUGGGCUGGUAUUUUCAGGUUGGUAACUCAGUUAAGCUUGGAAUGCCAAUCAAUUCUGCUUUCAACACAGCUCUGCUCACCUGGGCAUCUUGGGUAGAGAAUACAAUUAACACAAACAGGACAAGAAUAUUCUUCCGUACUUUUGAAUCAUCUCAUUGGAGUGGACAGAACCGUAAUGCUUGCAAAGUGAGUCGAAGGCCUUGGAAGAGAACUAAUGGCAAGGACCGAAGCCCAAUUUCAGAUAUGAUCAACAGAGUUGUCAAAAAAAUGAGUGCUCCUGUAACAGUUCUGCACGUUACACCAAUGGGUGCAUAUAGGAGCGAUGGGCAUGUGGGCACUUGGAGUGACAAUCCAUCUGUGCCAGAUUGUAGUCAUUGGUGUCUACCUGGUGUUCCUGAUAUGUGGAACGAAAUUCUCUUCUCUUAUUUGCUACCAAAACAUGGUGUAAAUUAACAUGAGAGCUGGUUGCAUGUUAGUCCUUGUAUGUGUAUAUAUAUAUAUAUUAUUUAAUCCAUCUAGCUUGGCAUUCAUCUGUACACAUUAUCAACUCUGUUAGCUUUUAACGUGAGAGUUUAACAGAGGAACCAAUGUAU